ACUCUGUCUACGCAGCAAUUGCAGUCGGCACCAGAUAGCUUGAGCUUUAGCACCAGUUGAAAAACAUCUUUAUUAUGGUUUUUGAUUAAAAAACAAUUUUAUUAUGUUUUUCGAGCUCAGAUUAGGAUUAAAUUUUAAUGGUAAACUUUUAACUAGACAUAUAUGUUAUAGUAAUAGUAGAUAUCACAAACGAUGCUUAAUUAGUUCUGUUGCAAAUAAUCUUGUUUAUCGAAGAGAUGAGGAAAGUGAAAAAAAGUAUCAUUAUACAACGUAUCAUAGUGCUUUUCUUUUUACCUCAGUUAUUGCAGCUACUGUGUAUAGUUUUUACAGUGAUGUUUUUAAAUCCAAAGCAAGUUGUAACGAAAAAAGUACAAGUUUACCAACUUCUACAUAUACAAGAGAAGAAGUUUCAAAAAAAACGAGCAAAGAAACAGGAAUAUGGGUUAUUUAUAACAAUAAAGUUUUUGAUAUAACUGCUUUUGUUGAAAAUCAUCCUGGUGGUUCCAGUAAAAUCAUGUUGGCUGCUGGAAAAAACUUAGAACCGUUUUGGGAUAUAUAUGCCAUUCAUAAAAAAGACGAAAUUUUUGAAAUGCUAAAUGAGUUUUACAUUGGUGAUUUAGAAAAAAAUGAUUGGAUUGAUCAGAAAAGUAGUGGACCAUUUGCAAAUGAUCCUCCUAGACAUCCUGGACUUCUCGUUUGCUCUAAAGAACCAUUUAACGCAGAAACACCCUCAAUACUUUUGAAUGAAAACCUCCUUACGCCCAAUGAGCUUUUCUUUAUAAGAAACCAUUUGCCAGUUCCUGAUCUUUCUAAUAAUGCAGAAAUAGUUAUUGAAGGUGAUUGCUUAAAAGAACCAAUCAUAUUAUCUGUUGAGGAUAUAAAAGCUAAAUUUGAAAAGUUCAAACUUAUUGCUGCAAUACAGUGUGCUGGAAACCGUCGCAACGAAAUGAAUGCUAUAAAAAGUGUUAAAGGAUUAACCUGGAAUCACAGUGCAAUAAGUAAUGCUGAGUGGGGAGGAGUUUUGUUAUAUGAUAUUCUAAUAAGUGCUGGUGUUGAUCCUAACAAUUCUAAUAUAAAACAUAUCCAUUUUGAAGGCUGUGAUUUAGAUCCAUCCGGUGCUCCUUAUGGUGCGUCGAUUCCUGCUGAUCGUGUGUUCAAAAAGCAACUGCCAAUUAUUAUUGCUUAUGAAAUGAAUGGAAAGCCUUUAUCUAGAGACCAUGGUUUUCCCUUGCGAGUUAUUGCUCCAGGUAUUGUUGGAGCUCGCAAUGUCAAAUGGUUAAAGCGUAUAAUUUUAAGUGACAAAGAAUAUAAUGGUCACUGGCAGCAAAAUGAUUACAAGCCAUUUUCUCCUAAUAUCGAUUGGCAUAAUGUAGAUUUUAAAAAAGCUAUGGCUAUUCAAGAACUACCAGUUACAUCUGCAAUAUGUUUGCCAUUAAAUGACUCUACUGUCCAUGAAAAUGAAAAAGAAGUAACAAUUAAAGGAUAUGCCUAUAGUGGUGGUGGAUGUGGUAUCAUUCGAGUUGAUGUUUCUGUAGAUAGUGGUAAAACUUGGGUAACUGCAGAUCUUGUACAAGCAGAUCAGAAUAUAACUGAUAUGUAUUCAUGGACUUUAUGGGAGUGUUCUGUUCCAAUCCCUAUAGAUCAUCAUGGUAAAAUGGAAAUAAUUUGUAAAGCUCAAGAUAGUUCGUGUAAUACGCAACCAGAAACAGUGGGUCCUGUAUGGAAUUUAAGAGGUGUUUUAAACAAUGCAUGGCAUAGAGUGCAAGUUAAUGUUGAGACUGAUUAGAAAUUUAUUUAAUAUAAUUUUUAAAUUCUCUUAAUGAAUAUGUUAAUAUUAACAAGUGUUAGUGUCAGAAAUUCAUGAUAUUUACUUGCAAUGAUAUAUAUUUAUUUGGUAUAUAAUGUGUGUAAACACACACACACGCACACACACACACACACACACACACACACACACACGUAUAUUUAGAAAGCUUUUAUGCUGUUUUCUUAUCAGAUUUUUUGAAGAGUUCUUUUUAUAUUAAUGAAAACAUUUAGUGAAA